AUGGAAGAAAUUAUGGCCCAAAAGAUAGAUGAUGCACUGUCCAAGAGGAAGGAUAAGCGGAGGCAUAUGGUUUUAGAGGAAGACCCGUUCGCCCCUGAGAUCAUGGCGAUCCCUUUGCCUAAAGGCUUCAAACAACCCCUGAUAGAAGCAUAUGACGGAGUCACGGAUCCGCUUGAGCACUUGCGGACCUUUAUAGACUUGAUGAGACUUUAUGCCGCCCCGGACGCAGUGAUGUGCCGAUCAUCCCCCCUCCCACUCAGGAGGGAGGCUAGGGACUGGAUAGCAACCUUGGCCCCUCGGUCUAUCAAGAUGUUUGAUGAGCUCUCCAAGAGCUUUGUGGCUUACUUCCUAAGCAGCAAGAGGAAGAGGAAGACAGCCAUUGGGUUGAUGCAGAUGUCACUCUCCAAGAACCCCCCAAAGUCGAUGCAUGACCCAUUGAAGAAGGGAGACAAGUAUGUCAAUGCGGAGGAAGCGGAGAAAGUAACUAAAAAUCUCAGGGACGGAUGGGAGACGGAAGCACAUAAGCGAAAAGCGUAUGAUGAGCAAAGGCACACUGAGAAGAAUAAGUCGAAGAAUGAACGCAUGAACAAGGGUUAUGCCCAAGAUCGGUUGGUCAAGCAGAAGCGAGAGGAGGCCAAGGCACCCACCCCUUUGAACAUCCCACAUACGAAGUUAUUAAUGGAGAUACAGCACAUGAAAGAGCUCGAAUGGCCUAAACCGAUGCUGACUUCCUCCAGCAAGAGAAAUCAAAGUAAGUACUACCAUUUUCACAAAGAUCACGGACAUGAUACCGAAGAAUGUGUGCAGUUGAAGGAAGAAAUUGAGCACCUGUUAAGGCGGGGACUAUUGGCUAAGUAUGUAAAAAACGACAGGGGCAAGCAAAGGCUCGAAGGUCUACCCCCACCAAGGGCAGGAGUGAUAAACAUAAUCAUUGGGGGAGUAGCACCGAGCGACGACUCAAAUUCAGCUAGGAAGAGCUAUGCGCAUUCCGCAGGGUCUGCUCUAUCCAGAAAAAAGAUACUAGUCGACGGAGGAAGCGCGGCAAAUGUCCUCACCUCGGAUGCCUUCUUGGGUUUAAAAAUUCUCCCAAAAAAGUUGAAGAUGGUGACUACCCCUCUACAAGGCUUUGAAGGGGCAACAAUGAUAUCGGAGGGAACUGUGGAGCUUCCAAUUACGCUAGGCACAUAUCCAGUGACAGUGGUGAUUGUGACUAAUUUCUUGGUUGUCAAGACCCCCAUGGCCUACAAUGCCAUCUAUGGCUGA